CUUCUUUUACGACAGUAACAUCGUCUUCCUCGACUCAGUUUCUCGGUCUUCCGUAAGCAACGACCUCGAAAUCCGACGAGAAGUGAAGAGUUCAAACACAAUAAGGGCAAGAAAACAUACGAACUGCUCACAACACAUCGCUCCACUGGCAGAUCUACGCAGCAGAGACGCGUCGGGAGGGCCGGAACGUGGAGAACGACAGAAGGGGAGAUCGAGAUUCCAUAAGGGUCGUCUGGAAUUUUGGUGGGCUUGCGUGUAAAUCGCCUGAUUAUGAAGAUGAGAGUGUUUCUUGUCGUGGGGGUGCUGUUGUUGGCAAUGUCUAGGCAAUCGCUGUCGUCGGCGUCGUCGGCGGCUUUGGAGAACUUCUCGGCCACAGAUGGGACAGUGUUGGAGCUGGAUGAUUCGAAUCUAGACUCGGCAAUAUCGAAGUUUGAUUACGUUUUAGUUGACUUUUAUGCUCCUUGGUGUGGCCACUGCAAGCGCCUUGCCCCCGAGUUAGAUGCAGCUGCCCCAAUUCUUGCUGGAUUGAAAGAGCCUAUAGUGAUCGCAAAAGUAAAUGCUGACAAGUACUCACGUCUUGCUGUCAAACAUGACAUAGAUGGUUUUCCUACCCUCAAACUUUUUAUGCAUGGCGUUCCAAUGGAAUAUAAUGGGCCGAGAAAAGCAGAUUUACUUGUUCGUUUUCUGAAGAAGUUCGUUGCUCCUGAUGUCUCAAUUCUGGAUUCAGACUCUGCUGUCAGUGAAUUUGUUCAAUCUGCUGGCAUCCAUUUUCCUAUAUACAUCGGUUUUGGCAUGAAUGAGUCACUGAUUUCAGAUUUUGGAAAGAAAUACAAGAAAAAGGCAUGGUUUUCUGUGGCAAAGGAUUUUUCCGAGGAAAUAAUGGUGGCGUAUGACUUUGACAAGGUACCUGCUUUGGUAUCCCUUCAUCCGAAUUACAACGAACAGAAUAUUUUCUAUGGUCCCUUUGAAGAAAAGUUUUUGGAGGACUUCAUCAAGCAGAAUUUUAUUCCUUCACCCCUGCCAAUAAAUUAUGAUACGCUGAAGUUACUGAAAGAUGACGAUCGAAAAAUUGUGUUGACAAUUAUGGAAGAUGAGAAUGAAGAGAAAUCAAAGAAAUUGGUCCAAUUAUUGAAGGCUGGUGCAAGUGCCAAUCGUGACUUGGUGUUUGCUUAUGUUGGGUUCAAACAGUUUGAAGACUUUACUGAGUCAUUUGGGGUGAACAAGAAGUCUGAGCUCCCGAAAAUGCUUGUUUGGGAUGGUAAUGAAGAGUACUUUAUGGUGGUUGGUUCUGAAGUGAUCAAUGAGGAGGAUCAGGCAUCUCAAAUCACACGAUUUAUUGAAGGAUUUAGGGAAGGAAGAACAGAAGUGAAAAGAAUUAACGGCCCAUCGUUUAUGGGCUACAUCAAUUCACUUAUCGGGGUCAGAACUGUGUACAUAAUUGUAUUCCUUGUUUGUGUAUUUAUGCUCAUCCGAAGCAUCAACAAAGAAGAGCCUUUGCGAGUUGGUACGCGAGAAGAGGCAGAUCAUGCAAGCAGCUCUUCCUCGGAGAAUGAAGGAAAAGAAUACAGGCCAGGAGACAAGGAAGACUGAGCAUCUGAGUUUUCAGUCGGAACUUUUGGGUAAUCUGACUACUCAAACGAAGAUUUUGCAAAUCCGAUGUUGUUUAGAUGCCAUGCACACUAGAUUGAAGUAUUCAGAUAAUUCGCGGGUCCUGCUCUCAUGCAUACGUAGAAGUACUUAUAUGUUGCAGCAGUUUAAUCAUUCUCGUUAAAGUUUUCUUGGUUAGCCUUAUUCAGUGUGAACAUAUCUUUCCAAUGGUUUAUCUAGAAUGGUCUUUCGUACAAGAGAGAAUUUUCCGUGUCC